AUGAAAUUCAUCACUCUUAUUGCUAUGAUUGCAUCGCAGGUCCUUGCAGUGAACUACAUACAGGAGAGUCUGUUCGGAGGACAGUUCUCUCUGGCCCCACAGGCCAUUGUCCUUGAGUCAGGCCCCGCAGGAAACAUGACCGUGCAGUACGGAAACAUGACAUUCACUGGAAGAACAGUGAGCAACACAGAAAUCGUAGACAAGUACGCAGUUGAGUCCAAAGGAAAGAGCAUUGGUACUGCUCUGAGAACCCUCUCUGCACACCCAGCCCUUAUGGGAAUGCCCAUGGGCUCAGGGCCGUAUCUGGAGACUAAGUUUGAGAUCAACCUGGAGGAGGAAGAGGCACUAGAAGGCAUGGACUUCCAAACUAGCUCCAACGCUGACUCUCUGAAGAUUAGAUCAUUCCAGCUUGUCUUCGACGAUGCAUCCUCAGAGUCUAACGUAUCCGAGGUGUACACAAACCAAACAGGCCUCAUCUGGAAGAUACUCCCAGGGCCCUUGAUAAACCCAUCGUACAGCAGAAUGGAGCAGGGUGGCCUAAUUGACACGCCUUUCUCCAGAUUCAUGCUGAAUGUCUUCCCCUUCCCUGCAACAAAGGCUGAGCUGAAGGCAUACGCUGUCAUUCCAAACGGCAGCGGACUGAUCAACAUCUACGACCCAGAAAUCGUGAUAGUUGCAGCCACCGAGACCACUGCAGCCCCAGAAGAGGAAGGAGAAGAGGAGGAAGAAGGCAACGACGACGAAGACGAGGAAGACGAUGAUGAGGAAGAAGAAGAACCAGAACAGUUCCUUGCUUCAAAUAUAAAGCUUAACAAAGCCCCUGCAGUAGCUGCUGCUUAA